AUGGAUAAACAGAGCUUCACAAUUGACACUGUAAAAGAAGAAAAGGCCAAUGCGAUGGCGCGGUACCGCCGCUUUCGAAAUUUCAAAAAGCUGUUACAACUGAUUGAACUCUUCGUCGUCAUCACUCUCUUCUCCUGGUCGUCCACGUGUCUUCCGUGCGUCGUGAAACUCGUCGGCGACUUUUUUCUCCGGCUCUCUCUCUCCGUCUUGAAUCCUCACAUCAUUUUCCUCAUCGGAAACGCGAUCAUCGCCGCGCUCUUCUUCCUUUCGCGCCAAAUCGCAACCGACUCCAGCGCGGUUGCCACUAAUCUCAACGACGACGUGCUCGAGUUUUCAAAUUCAGUUGCGGAGAUUGAAUCGCCGCCGUUGAUUAAUACAGCGGCCGUUGAGAUUGAUGUGGAUGAUUCAGAGAAGCAGAUAGUGUGCGUCGAGAAUGUCGCGAGCAGAACCGAGUGCGAAGCGGUGACGAAUGCGAUCGAAAAGGCAACCAAGGAGAUUCAAAAGUUCGAGAGAACACAAUCGGAGAGAGCGUGGCGGCGUGGUGCGCCGGUGAAACAGCUCCGGCGAUCGGAGACUCAAGUGCGGCGAACAGUUAUCGAAUCUCGAGGCGCGAGAGAAACAUUAGAAAAAGUAGAGAGCUUGAGCAAUGAAGAUUUCAGGCUCACUGUUGAGGCAUUCAUUGAAAAACAACAGAAUUUUCUUAGACUACAAAAAAUGGCUGAAAUUAAAAGUAGCUAA